CAAAAGAGAUUGCUCUGGUAGUCUCAUCGAAGAAUUGACGAUCUUUCUCGGACGGUAACCUAUUAUGACGACUGCAGCUCGACCGACAUGGGCACCAGCCAAAGGUGGCAACGAACAAGGUGGGACGCGAAUUUUUGGCCCGUCCCAGAAGUAUUCAUCGCGAGACCUUGCUGCUCAUACAGCGCUAAAACCCCGGAGAGAAGGUCAGGAUACCCAGGACGAGUUACAAAAGAGAAACCUCCGUGAGGAGCUUGAAGAGCGUGAAAGGAGGCAUUUCUCGUCAAAGGACAAGACUUAUAGUGAUGACAGAGAUCGCAGGAAAGGAAGCCAUCUUCUAUUGGAAGGGACAAAGAAAGAGGUUGAGGACAGAAUAGUUCCCCGCAGUGUAGAUGCUGAUGAUUCUGAUGAGGAAGUCAAAAGUGAUGAUGAAAGUGAUGAUGCUGAUGAUGACGAUGAUGAGGAUGACACCGAAGCUUUGUUGGCUGAGCUUGAGCAAAUUAAAAAGGAAAGAGCAGAGGAGCAGCUCCGUAAGGAAAGACAGGAGCAGGAAGAAGAGCUUAAAGCCAAAGAAGCAGAGCUUCUUCGAGGAAACCCACUGCUUAACAAUCCAACAUCUUUUAAUGUGAAAAGGAGGUGGGAUGAUGAUGUUGUCUUCAAGAAUCAAGCUCGAGGUGAAACAAAGACUCCAAAGCGCUUCAUUAACGACACAAUUAGGAAUGACUUCCACAGGAAAUUCCUACAGAAAUACAUGAAAUAAUUCUCAUCCAAUCCGUGACAGCAGACAUAAAAUGCUAAAACUUUGCUUGUAAUCCUAUUGUACUACGUGGAAAUUAAAAUGAGAGUGAAGUUGAAUUUGAUGUUGGUUUUUGACAAAAAUUUCGAUGCUUUUCAGCAAUUGCAUCAACUUCUUAAUUUUCUUGCAUGUUUCUAUAAUAAUGCAUUGUAAUUUUU